AUGGGCAAGCAAACUGCCAAUGGGACCAAAAAUAGCAAGACAGACACUAAAGUUUUGUUCAAGAAAUCCAACAUCACAAUCCAAACUCAUUCUAGGACAUGCUCUGAUGCUUUUCAAGUAGCCAGAAGUGGUGUUUUGCAGAUAAAGAAAAAGCUAUCUAAAACUAAUGACUAUUACACAGAAGGAGAUAAAGUUAAGAGGGAUUUGAGCGUGGAAACAGGAUUCUGUAUACUAAGGAGGUAUUACAAGAGCAAACACAAGAAAGAUAAGUGCUCUGUUCAAGCAUCCACCGCUAAAUCUAAAUGUUCUACUGUGGCUGAUACAGAAAUGGACACGGGCGAUGAAUUCAAGCCGGACGCGAGCGCUUGUGGUGACAGUAGAAACAAAUUUGAAAUUGUCAAUCAAAUAAAUCCCCCUAAUAUUGACAUAACAGCAAUGAUGGUUGACAAUUUGAAGAGUUUGCUCAAUGAUUGGAUUAGGAAACAUGUUUUGGAAGAUGCUGAAACUAAGAAAAAGCUUAUAGACGUUUUGGAUUCGAUACUUCAUUCUCUUGGAGCUAAGAUAUCCAGCACUAGGUCUUCGUGCUCUACGUAUAUUGUUGAACGAAAUGGCGAAGGCUACAAAGUGAGAAACAAGAAAACCGCAACAAAUUCCAUCACUUGCCAGUAUUGUAAGCAUAAGCAAACUUCACUGAUAACACAUAGAAGUAGCAGCGUACUCUUUCGAAAAUACUCACGAUUUACAAUACCCUUCCCGUACAAACAUUUGCGAAUAAUAUCAACUUUGAGCAUCCCAAGGAAUUUGUACAGAAAAGAGAAAAUGAAAAGGAAAGAUAUGGUUCACAAAGUUAAGAAGCCGCCAAAGAAGAAUGUUUUACUGUCUGAGAACAAGAAAGAAAAGAAAGUCGUUAUUAACGUAUCCAGCUGCGAUACUUCGCCAACAUCUAAGAAGAGUGUAGUCAGAUGUUCGAAGACUCACGAAAAAACUCAAAGCAAAAGAAAAGGAGUCGUAUUCGUACCGCAAAUGAUUUACAAAAGCACUACAGAGUACACGUCAACUACUGAAGUUGAAGAUAGCAACAAAAAUGAGGGAAAGAAAGAAAUUAAUUUAGAUACAAUGCCGAGUCUUGUCAAAAGUAUUUAUGCUGAUGACCCCGCUAAUGUAACAAGCACAGAUAAAAUCACCGCUCAGCACAAUAGAAACGACAAUUUUACCAUGACAGAACAUACAUACAUGUCUCGACCUAAUGAAAAAGUAGGCAAUAGCGUAUCAAAUGUCCAAUUUCAUGAAGCUAAAUAUGAGUGUUGUAAGCAAAACGUAAAUGGUCCUAAAAUUACGAAAAAGAGAUAUGAAAGUCAUUCAAAUGUAAAUUACAUAAACAAUAGUCUUGAAUUUCCGAACAUCACAGCUCCUAAACCAUCGAAACAUUCAGACAAUAUAACAGCUAAAUCUAAACAAAAGAAAUCUAACGCCGGUAAUGAAGAGUUUCAAGAUAACGAACUUCAAAUGACAAAUCCAACUAUUUGUAACUUGGAAACUGAAAAAGUAGAAAACGCUAUUGAAUAUGAAGAAAAAUCAGAGCAUAGUAUUAAAGAAACCGAUAUUAGUCCUGAAAUUAUACCUUUACUUGAUGGCGCUGCUAGUCAAGAAAAAUAUAUCUUCAAAAGUGACAAUUCUACUAGUAAAUCUGAAGAUACAAUAAAAUACGCUGAGAGUGUUGAUCAUGGUACAACAAUGACUGGUUUGGAGGUAUCUAAAGAACUCAAUGAACUAAAAGUUGCUAUUAGAGAUUUAUCAGCGACGGCCGAAAUGAUAGUGAGCGAACAUCUAAAAAGAAAGAAUGAAGAGAAACCUCCGAAAGAACAUACUAAUAAUUCAACCCAUACUGAUUCUAAAAAGUUUCUCGAUAACGCAAAUGAAAUAAAACUUUCUAAUGUAUCAAAAGGCAUACAAUUUUCAAAUACAGUAGCAAAAGGUCAGCUAGUUUCUGGUAUAAAAUUAUCCAAAGAACCAAAGAGAUUGGAAGAAUUUGCAAAUAGGCUAAAGAAGAAGAGUUCGUCUUAUCAUGUUAUAGACAGUGAAUCGGUCCUCAAAGUAACAGACAUGACGUCAGGUCAAAUGAACCCGAAAGUAGCGAAUCAGCCAAAGCUAAAGAAGUCAAAAUCUCUCCUACAACUAACAACAGAAGCGAAUAAGCAAAGAUUAUUGGCAUUCUUCUGUGAUGAAUGUCGAAGAAAUGACAAAAUUAUUUACAAUCUUAGCAGAACAUCUAGGAAUUCAGUUUCCCCAAAAGGUUCACCAUGUAAACUGAAAUAUUGCAAGCAGUCAGAAAGUGAGAAUAAAAUAUUUAUCCCUGUGAAAUUGUCGCAGGACAGCUAUCCUGGAUGUAACCAUCAAUAUUGUUCAUCAGCAUACGUAGAUAUCGACAGACCUACUAUCACAGUAAAGAAACGAAGUGGCUUGCCUUUUUGGGAGGGAUGCCUUUACUGUAUACUUCUAUGGAUUCCAUUAGUUGUUAUUAUUUACUUGUUUUAUGAUUAUGUACUUAAAGACGUGUUCAAACCAGCAUCUAAUGCUGCAGCAAAGGGUACAGGAAAGUAA